CAUUUUUAGCCGAUGCAAGUAGUUACUGCAAACCUUCACCGAUACGAUCCGAAACGGAUAGAGCCUUUUAGUCGGGAAAGUUGACUGCUAUUGUUACUACGUGCGGCUUCAGUCCCUCCUCCUCCUCCUCCUCCUACGUAUCCUGCAUUUGAAGAAAACUAAGUUCUUGUAGUUAGUCAUUAGUGACGUCAAAUCUGUUACGUCAGCAGCAUCGAACAGCUGUUCACACCACGGCAAACAGACAAACGCAAAAAAACGGAUGACCGUAGCACCAUACAUCCAGACUCGUCCACCCACAAGCGAAUACGCGUCAGCGAGGAAUUAAUAAGUUUGUUCCGUCGAUCGUCGCUUGUCGUCUCAGCCGUUGUCCCACAAUCACGUAACUGCGUCUUUACCAUAUUAUCCUACUGUUGUUCGACAAACGCUGAGAUAAUCAUCAGACUCGAGUUCAUCCCUCUCCGAAUGGGUGAGGGUGGAAGUAAUUGUUCGACGCCGACGCCAGUGCCAGACCGUGUGUUGGUCACGGAUGGUGGUGUGACAGCGGCGCCGCAAGUUUCCCCUUUCUUUGAAACACCAAACAGACCGAGCAGAUGCAGUAAGGCCUUGCGACGUUGUGCCACGGACGACGAACGCAUCACGAGUGUCGCCUGAUUCGGCCUGUUCGUGCCUUGCCACAUCGAAACGGUGGUUUUCUGGUAGCAGUACUUUGGUGCCUAUCCGAUUUCCAUUUAGCGAUAGAGGACGCUAACAACCCCUUUAACCGGGCUGAUUUGAAGACCUGCUGUCUCCCUUUCCGUCUUUUCCUUGAAGCAUUUGCCGAAUUAGUGCUUAGCAGGUAAAUUAUGGACUAUCGUCACGUUUUGAGCAUUUCUGCUUUUUCUUUUGACGACCGUUACUUUGCUGGGAAAUUAUUGUCAACAGUGCGACAGCGUCACGUUUAGAUUCCGGUGGUCCCCGCCUAUCGCAAUCAAGUUUAGUGCAGACGGCUGGCAGAAUCGGAACUUUGACUCUAAUCAACGGCGAUGAUUAUAGUUGCACAAUUUAACUUACUAGACAACAAAGCCAAUAUAAUUGCUUGGCGAGUAUGCCAGGUUAAACGUCGGCAGCCGUCAAGUGAUGAAAAAUAUUUGGAGCUGGGCUAAUCUAAUUCAUUGAACUAAAAAGACGCAACGGCGACAUUACUGAAGUAGGAUAAUCGUUCGUUAUUAUUUUUGGCAACAUUACGUCCUGGUCAAGCUUGAUGCCGGCACAGAUGCAUGUCUUUGCCCGGUCCCGAAUUUCAACGCUCCAUUUGGGAACAGCCGUUGUAUAUGACGAAGCUCACAUACCUCGAUCAACAAGCGAAUCAAUCACAGAAAAUUUGUGACCAAGCCGUUUGGGAACUAAAUUCGUCAAAAUGGCCUAUUUAAACGUAACUCAAGAGCUAGCCAAUGAUAUCGUGCUAAUGUCGUCGUGUGAGUGCCGUUCGCGACGUGUAUGAACGUGAAGGUGUUCUGCCGCGAGAACUCGAUGGAUACGUCGUCGUCACCACAGCUGCUGUUCGCCAUCGUAGCGGUUGCUUUCGUGUGGCAACACGCCAUGGCGACCUGUCAUCCAUUGCUCGGACGCGACAAGGAGGAGGAGGAGCCCCGUACUCGAGGAGAGGAGACAUUUACACCGCUCCAGUCCGUGUCGACGUGCAGUCGAUAUGAUGAUGUUCGUCUUCACUGCGACACUCCUCAGCGUGUCGUGGUGCACGAGGCUCGCUUCACAUCCCAACUUCCUCUGCACGAGCUGGAGCAGCGCUGUAACCAUACGGACCCCGGCACGUACGUAAAGGUGCUCAACGGUCGGCACGGUCACAACUGCUCUGAGGACAUUCGAUCCUCCGUUAAUCAGAGGUGUUCGGGGCAACACGCAUGCCUGUUCAGCUGGACACGUGAUCACGUCAAAGAUCCCGAGGCCCGAGCUCGUUGUAAAGGCGAGGGUAUUAUUCAUGUGGCCUACCGAUGUGUUGACUUUGCUUCAAAUCCUCUACAAAUCACGUCGGUAUGUUCGCGCCGUCUGGGCGCCGAACAGUCUUAUGGCUAUUUGAUGUCGCCCGGUUUCCCGCAAUUCUACGUGGCGCCACACCACAGCCAGAAAUGCAACUGGACCAUUCAGGGCAGAUUAGGACAGACUGUAACUGUCAAUGUACUCGACGUCCGGCUACGGCCAACGCUGAAACGAGGCUUCAGCGGGGUAACUAGCACCCACAUGAAUACGGCGCAGUCAUUAAACAAUGCGGUCAGCGGUACCAAUCCUAGUGAGGAAUGCGGUGACCUACUUCGCUUGACGUCGGCUGAUCACGGAGGGUCCCUUCUCGCUGAUAUAUGCGUUGAGCGUCAGCGCUACUUUCUCAAUACGUUCUCUAGCGCAAACGCUGUCUCUGUACAGUUCAUCUCGUCAGGCUUCGCUCCUCAUCGGGGCUUUAUUCUAGAGUACAAAAUUUCGGGCUGUCCCACACUUCCGGCUCCCCGGGACGGAUUUCUAGAGUCGCGGAAUACAACCGCAGCUACAUAUCGCUGCCGGAGGGACUUUUUCUUUGCGGACACAAUAACUCGACAUAAGACCUUACUCUGUCUCAACGGGACUCGUUGGACGAACGGACCACUCGGCGAAUGCCUCUCGACGUAUCAGUUAGCAUAUAACGGUCACCUUCUUCUGGGGUCGGGUUACCCUAUCGGAGGCAAGGUGCGGGAUUCUCCAAUAGAUACCAGCGUUUCGAACGUCAUUGACGACGCAUCCUCAUCAUCUGAAGAUCUUCCACUAGCUAUCACUGCACAGCAAGCGAAUCGUGCCGGUCUAGGUUUUACAAGGCGACCGAUAACGUGGUCUUCUUCGUUGAGUUCCCUAUCCCGCACCAUGUCGGAGUACGCGGACGUCAUUAUUCCCUCAAUUAUUGUCUGCCUGCUGUUAUUAGGCAACGCCAUCAUUGUCUUUUACAUCUACAGACUGAAAAGGCAGAACAAGCAGCGUGUGUGCGCUCGUAGUCCAAUUGAGUUGCCGUUAGAAGACAGGGACGAACAGAAGGUCGCUCCUUUAGCCACCAUCUAGACUCCCGCGUUAUCUUUAGGACCCAGGACCCAUCAAGGUGCGCAGGAAGUCUUCUACUAAGUUCACUUAAUCAGCUUCCAACGAAAGCGUUAUUAUGGAAGUGCGACCUCUGUAAUCUGCAGACGCCGAAACAAAGAUCAGCCAUCAUUUAAUGUUACGUCUACGUCGACAGAAACCACUUGCAAAAUACAUUGGUCGUUGUUUUGACUGCUGGAAACGGAUCUGACUAAUUUUCAUUGAAUUAUGGCCCCCGCUCUUCCGAUAAUAAAUAAAAGGAGCUCUCAAGAAGGAGUAGCUGAAGCGAGGUUGAUACCGUCGUAGACCAGAGAACAUCUUGCCGUAUAAUUCAAAAUGCCACAUCAUCCAGUUAACUACUAUUGUUAUUAUCAUUAUUAAUGCCAUUUUUAAUGUUAAGCGCUGUAUGUAGUGAUCAUCAGUCAUCUCAUUGUUGUCACUGCGGUCACUGUGGUCAGCUUCCCAGUGGUCGUAUCACAUUCAACGAACGUGAUCCUCUUGACAGCUUCACAUCGAUAGAAAAUAGUACGGCUCACGACGGUAGAAGCAUUCCGGUAAAAGUGAAAAUAAGUGGUAUUGGUCGUAUUUAUUAAUACUAGUUUUUUGUUUUUGUCUUAGGUUUUAGAGAUGAAAAAGCACAGAGCAGGGUGGAUAAUUACAAGAGGCAGAGCGCGUGAAAUCGAGCGGAGACCGAAUUGGUUUCAUAAGUCUAAGUAAUGUGAGUGAAUAUGUAUUUGAAACAGCGAUGUGGCAAGUAGAACUGAUAGGGCGGUAGUAGUUGUAAUCCAUAGCCGACCAACUUCGCCGACGAUUCAGUUGUCCGAAGAGUGUUUUUUCCCCCCGAUUAUGCCAUAUCGCUAGCGAUAUAUUGUACGCUCUUUCUUUAUCAUAGAAGGAGCAAAGCCACAUAUCAGUCACUCUAAAACCCCGGAUGCUGUUGGUUAAUCAGUAUUCAGAGCAUGAAAAAGUCGGAUGUCGGCUUGCCGAGACGCACACACGUACGUACAGAAUAUACGAACUCUUUUUAGUUUGUUCUACUACCCAGCCUAAUAGUAGUAGUGACCUCAGGUUACUUUGAUUACGUAAGUGGCUGAAAAACACAUGUAUCUCAGAAGUUGCAGAGCACAUAGAAAUAACAUCAAUCAAAAGUCACGUUAGCUUUUUCGCAUCGGUCGGGUGCCCGUCAUAUGAUCAGUCCGUACAAAAUAGUUUUCAUUUUUCUCCCAUGUCCUUAAACAACCUGAUCGAAAAAAAAAGCAUAACAGGCGAGCGCUCAAGCAACAACUUUCCCACAUGUUUUUCCUACAUAUUUCUAUGUAAUUAUUGUGCAAAGUCGACAGCAUCCGGGAUCAAUGGAAGAAGUGACGGCAAAAGCAGCCUACAUUAACAUUGUAAAAUAAUAAAAGAGUUUUCUGCAUCCUUCGUGUAGGCUAUGCGCCGUCUAACGUAGUGUCUGAGUACAGCAUAUUCUGAACAAUAAAAUAGUACACUACAGAUAGAAAAUUAUAGAUAUCUGUUUGUGUACCGUGCGAUUAGUUCGCUCGUGUAUAACAAUUAUAAUAAUGUACAUUUACAGAUAAUUACCGAAACAAAUAAACAUGGCCGAUAGUAAAUGGAACUCUAUAAUAUAUAUAUAUAUAUAUAUAAAACAAAUAUUAUAUACAUAUACUAUUACCAAAAUUAUGAUCGACGCUUGUUGAGAAGUUCCCCUUUCUCGCGGACGGCUAUUUGGGGAGCCUCACAUGCCGAGCAGACUGCCGCAUACUAAUCUAAUGUAUGAUUAUUUAUUAAGAUAAUUGAUUGGUAACUGGUCGACGACCAGUUCUCAGGUUCCUUCCCCAUAUCCUCGAAUCUGCUAUGCUACGUGUUUCGCUCUUAUACUCGGUAGAUUUUUUCCAUUACGUACACAUCAUUUUUGCAACGCAAUUAUCUAUACAUACAUCAUAAGGUAAUAACAACGUCUUCUGUUCAUGUGUAUUAUGUCAAAUAUUAACUCAGUCCUACAAGCUUUGGUUAUCACUUCACGGUGGAACUUGGCAUGAUUUGUCAAAGCUGGAAAAAGCUCGUUGGUAAAGAAGGCGCGCCAGAAUAUUAACCUUUCAGGUUUGUUGUUUGCACGACUCCAUUAUAAACGUGACGGCGGUUAUGACACGGCGACACAAUAUAUGUUGUUUCUUCCCCUUCCCAGAUUAGCUAAAAAGGAAAUACUCGAUAGCAGAAUGCCAAGGUGAACAGUUGGAAAUGUCGAUAUCAACAACGAGAACAACAACAACAGAGUAACAAAAUACUACAACAAUAGCAGCAAACACAAAAGCAACCUGUACAUAAUGUUAUGUUAUUGGACGUGAGUCACACUGAAUAGAAAUUAGAGAUGGCGGGAGGGAGGUGGGCGGGUGUAGGGACCCGUCUACAAAAAAUGACGGGUGAAAAAGUCAAAAAAGAAGGAAAGAGAGGAGAGAAACAGUGUAAUGAGGAUAUCAAAAGAGAGGGUAAGAUGUUUACAUUGAAACUGAAAAACACGAAAGAGAAACGAUCAUGGAAAAGUCAAUAGCAGACUGAGAAAAAAAAGACAGUAAAAGAUGACGACUAUUAAAAUAAACGAAUCGAAAAAUGCG